GGCGGCACCAGUCACGUGGCGCGAAAGCGAAAGCGAACGUGCUGUUAUACAUUUUAUGUGUUUACGAGUAAGACUAUACAAUGGCUCAGAAAGUAUUUAUAAUUCCAAAAAAUUUAAUUGACAACGAGGAAGAAUCAGAAAACACAUACAGGAUAACAACAUUGAAAUGUUUAAAAACAGGUAAUCCAGUAAAGUAUAUUUUUGAUGAAAAGAAAUAUCAGCUGCAUGAAAUACUUCAAUUUCAGAAUCCUAAAAAUUCAUGGUUUAUUGAUGAUUCUGUAGAACAAGAUGGUGUUAUCUAUGUUACUACCACAGUUGAUCCACUUUUUCUGAUAUUACCUUAUUUAAAAGAAGUUUAUUCACCUCUUGAUCAAUUAUUCGUAGAUGAAAAUUUUCCUGAUUGUAAGAUUCUUUCUCAAUGCUGUUUAAGUCGAAUUGAUCUAAUUACAGAUAAAAAAGAGUUUGGAGACGAAUCAUUGUAUAAAUAUAGUGAAGUAAAGACAAUUCAGUGGUUAAAAUUAAAGUUUGAAAACUUAGUUUUUCUAUUAAAAGAAAAAGAAAUAGAAUGUUCAAAUGGAUCCAAAGUUGCAGGCUUAAUAUUAAAGAACAAAUCUCAACAAAUAGAAAGAAUACGUAAAUGCGCUUAUGAAAUUAUUUGUCAGUAUCUUGAUGAUAAAUAUUGUCGAAAACUUUCAGAAGCUUUAAAAAGGCCAAAAUGUCUGAUUCUCAAGAACCUCUUGAAAAUUAUUUUGAUCAGUUUAAUUACUCUAAAACCAAAACCAAUAAGACAACCAAUAUGACUGCAUCUCAAAAGAAACUCUUGAAGGUGGAUAAAAGAGGAAUGAAAAAUAUCUCAAACUUUUUUGGAAAAAAAUCGUGAAAUCCCAGCUAUUUACAAAAAAUUUCUUCAAACUGUCAUUUGAUUUCUGCUCAAGAGGACUCAUCUUCACUACUUUCUUAGGAUCUUGUUCAUCUGUGGGAUGAUCUCGACUUCUUAACAAAAGAAGUAGAGAUUGCCCCACAGAUGAAUGAGAUCCCAAGAAAGUAACGAAGAUGAGAUUCCUCUUGAGCAGAAAUUAAUUAUGAAAUUAUUUGAAAAUCAGAAGUGACACGAUUUUCUAUGUUAAAUAUUUGUAAAUACGUUGAUUUAUUUUUUUUAAAAAAAUAUAAUUUUUAAUCCUAGAAAGGUUGUUAA